AUGAAGCGCAACUUCGGGGACGAUGAAUUACAACGCCUUUACAAAAAAGCGGAGUUUGAUAGAGAGCACAAAGAGGUAAAGAAAAUCGAGAAAAGAAUUAGAAGUUUAGUUGACGAAAUCUCUGUCUAUAUAGGCCGCAAGGAUCCACUUUUUAAAAACUUUGUAAUCCCCAGCGGAAGUUUUUAUGAAGAUCUUAAAGUCGAAGGACCCGAUGAAUUCGAUUUUAUGAUUUGUUUAGAGCAGCUUUCCUCUCCUGGUGUUUGUGUUACGAAGGAUAUUCCCAUGAGACCGGUCCCCGAUCCCGGCUACGUAGAUGUUCAGGUGUCCAACGCAGUUUAUCGCAAUCGGUGGAAAAGCUACAUUUCCAAGCGCGGAAAUCUCAAACCCGAUGUUCUCUUGAAAAGAUUCAAACAACUCAUCGAGGAAGCCAUAGAUAAGCGAAAGCGGUCUUCCAGGGAUGAGUUAGAUGAAUACGUCGAUAUUCAGCUCAGAAAAAUCCCGAUAACGAUCAAGGUUACAUGGCAUGGCAAGGAGUACUCGAACUUUGAAAUAGCCGUCGAUUUAACUUUGUGCAUCAAAAUGUCAGGAUGGCCCGACGCAUCAGACAUAUCGACACGAGUGAACAGGGGGCACCCUGGCUAUGAAGCAUUCAGAAAGGCUGUCGCAGAGGGUUAUCAUCUUGUGGCUUCUACCAUUGGAGAGUCUGGGAAGCAUCGGCCAUGUUGGCGUUUAUCUUUUUCAAUACCGGAAGGAGUUAUACUCAAACACAUCUUUAAGAGUCCGAACCUCGUUCACAAGGCGACGCUUAAGGUUCUCAAGGUAUUGCGGAAGGAGAAUGAAGAUUCCUUACUUCUCCUUGAACAGCCCGACGAGGGAUCUUUCAGCAUAACAUGGGUGUUUCAUUCGUACGUAUUAAAAACAAUGUUCUUACACGAAUGGACUCAAUUUCCGGAAGAUUCAUAUUGGACGAAAGAUCAACUAGGAGAAAGAAUCAAGGGCAUUUUAGAAAGGAUCCAGAGUAGUGUGGCUCGCAAAGACAUUCGCAGUUUCUGGGUUCCAGGUUAUAAACUUUUUAAUUUCCGAGCAAGAAAAGCAACGAACACGAAGAGUUGUGUGGACAACCUUGCCAGUCUCUUGAAAAAAUUUAAAUUAUCGUAAAUUGGAAUACUGGCUGUCAUUUAUAACAAAAUUCUGGAAAUUUCGGUUGGGAAUUUUCGUUCGGUAAGGACGGUACGUGUUGUUUACCAUUUGCCUAAAAUUACCGUAUUGUCGCGCCGCGCUACACUGGAUUCUAGUUACAAUAUGAAACAAGUACGAAACUCAAGAAACUUGCAAAUGGUAAACGAAUUUCCAUUGGGAACGUUCCAAGUACCGGGAAAACUGGACUACCUUUUCAAAAUUUCCGUUUAUGCCGGGAAUUUUCCAGUGGGACAAACCAAAAAAACGUUUACCAUUUACAUCCCAACAGGAAUUUCCGGGAAUUUGUGGUGAAUGGUAAACCACCACUAUAUUGGUCUCCUGAACAAGUGUCCACUCACAAAGAAAUAUUUAGAAUGUGUUACUAUGGCAAUAAGUAAAAAUAAGUCUUCGUUCCCAGGGUCUUCUCUUUUCUGGCCGUUAUUUAUCCGAUUAUAAAACUCCUCGGCGUUUAUCAAUUUUUUUUAUCUUUUUCAAUGAGGCGUUAACUUCAAAAUCACAUUUCCUAAAUCGCUGGUAACAGUUACAAUAAAUCAUUUGUGAAAGAAAGAUGUUUAAACACCUGUUAAAAUAUAAAGGUACGACUACCUUAUUGUUAAGUUUAUUCCCAUUGACCUAUUCAUUUUAAAUUUUACAUUUUUAUUCGCAUCAAAUUUCCAACUGUACUGCUUUUUAACUUUUUAAAAAAAUUUAUAUAUUUGUAGCAUAAAGAGAACAUACAACUUUCAAACAAGCACAUUUUAUUGAACACGUUCGAUGACUCCCUUCCAAUGCAAAUGCCAAAUUCAACUCAAAGCAAACUUCGUCUCACUGGUUUUACUGCAAAAGAAAUACUUGUAUGCUUGCAAGAACAUUGUAACGAAAACCUAAUUUAGGUGAAUUUUUACGUAAGCUUUAUGAACAAUAUCGCAUUGAAAAUUGUGGCAAACAAUACUGAAUAUGUGUGGCAACUGACAGGCUUUUUAUCUUUCAAUACUUUUUAUUGUAAUUUGUUUUGUUACUUACUGACUUAUUUAUUUCUUCUUUUACUUUGUGCUGUGUAUUAAUGUUGUUCAUUUGUUGUCAAUAAUAAAAA